AUGUUGUUUUUUUUUGUCGCGGCGUACUUGAGCAGUGCGUUUACUGGCGAGGUGUGUCGUCAGGUGGCGCGGGGGGCUGGAAUCCUGCAGUGGCACGCCGUGCCGUACUUUGAAACGCACUUUAGAUCCCAGCUUGACACCCUUGACAGAAGCAUUGCCGACGUGGCCACGCCCCGUGUAAAGGGUGCGUGCACUUCGGUUGAUGACUACUGCGAUAACAACCGUGAUUUUUCUAUUGCGAAGGCUUUUUUUUUUUGCUCGGUUGCCGUCACUUGUACCGCUUUUAAAGAGUUGGUGGAGCAGGUGUCGACGCUGCUGGUGAAGCGGCCCGGUUUCUGUACGCCAAGCCUGUCUGCUUCCCCAGGCGUUUUUUUUUUUUUGCACCAGUGCCUUCUGUAG